AUGCCCUUUCCGAAAUUUUUUGCCCAUCAUGUAGUAAUUUCUUCAAAAUUUACAUGUCAGACUAUUAAAAAAUCAAAGUCUCAUUAUCCGUUUCUAUUAAUUUCUAAAUCUUUUUAUAGUACUAAUAAUAAUCUAAAUUCGAAUAUCCCAGAAUUUAACUCGAGAAUAAAUUCAAAUUCCAUAGCUGAAAAAAAAAUCCCAAAGUAUAUAAACAACAAACCAAAUCUACGAAAUGCACGACCUCCAAAAUUUAAAAAACCCGAAUUUUUGAAAGAUCCGUCUCCAUCAAGGAGGUCGUUAUCAAAUGAAAUUACAAAUAUAAAUAUCGAAGUAAAAAGGAAUAAAAAGAUACCAUUUUCACAACAGACGCCUCAAGAAAGAAUUAAAAGAUCUAGGCGAUAUGAAAAGAAUAAAAUUAUUUAUAAGGAUUAUAGGACUGUCAAUUUUGAAUUAUUAGAAGAUUUUCCAAAAUGGUUAAAAGGUUUAAAAUAUCAAAAAUAUGCACCAUGUUUUGAGGGGUUGCAUUGGCGAGAAAUUAUAGAGUUAGAUGAACUUGGUUUAUUAUACAGAGGUGUUUAUAGGUUAGUUGUUAGAAGAAAUUUGUUAAUGGAGUUUAUGUUUAUUAAACAAACUUUGAUGGACAAAACAUUUAAAAGUGCUUCAGCAUUAACAAUAACUUCCAAAUUAUCUUUACUUCAAAACAAUAAUUUAUCCACACCUAUUCUUAAUUCUUUAACUUUUGGUAAAAAUAUUGAACAAAAUAGUUUUUUAUUGUUGUCUCCAAAACAGGAAUUAAACCAAAAUUAUGAAAAUAAAGACGAUAAUGUAAAAGAUGAAGAAAUGUUUACAAAUAUAAUUCUUGCAAUUAAAAACAAUCAAGAUCAACUUAAAAAUAAAUAA